GCUGAGGGGACAAGAUGGCGGCCGCCGUCGGCGAGGGAAAAGGCUGCGCGGUGGCGGGGAGUCCAGAGGCCCGAGGGGGCAGAGGGGGGUCAGGGGGACUGCCCGCGGAGCAGGAAAGAGAAGGGAACCCCGCCGCGGCGCCGGUGCUGCCCGGCUUCGACGACGUCGAUGCCUUCGUCAAGCACGCCCUCGGCACCAUGGUGGCCACCACGAAGGCAUCCAGCGGGCUCCCGCAGCCCGGCGAUGAGUACGACUUCUACCGCAGCUUCCCUGGGUUCCGGGCGUACUGCGAGGCGCAGGGCCAGCGGCUCCUGCACUGCAUGAGCAGGGUGAUGCAGUACCACGGCUGCCGCAGCCACAUGAGAGAUCACAGCAAAGUCACAGAGCUGGAAGAUAAGUUUGAUAUGCUGGUUGACUCCAAUGACGUCAUUCUUGAAAGAGUGGGUAUUUUACUGGAUGAAGCAGCAGGAGUGAACAAAAACCAGCAGCCCGUCCUUCCUGCUGGGCUGCAGAUGCCACAGACGAUCGUCUCCAGCUGGAACCGCAAGGCAGGAGAAUACCACAAAAGAACUAAGUCUGAAACCUUCCGACUGCUUCACGCCAAGAACAUCACUCGCCCACAGCUUAAGUUUAAAGAAAAGAUUGACAAUUCCAACACUCCCUUUGUACCUAAACUUUUUAUCAAGCCAAAUGCUUUGAAACCAUUGCCUGAAGCCCUCACAAAAAGCGGACGGGAACGAAAGGAACGCCCUGAAGACUUGGAUGUCCCAGCUGCUUUGGCAGACUUCAUACACCAGCAGAGGACGCAGCAAACUGAGCAAGACAUGUUUGCUCAUCCUUACCAGUAUGAACUGGAGCACUUUUCUCCACCAGAUGGAGUUCUUAAGAAGCCAGAACCCCAGAUGUACAGACCCAUGAAGGAAACACCUUGCCAUUUUAUCACUACGCUGGAUGAGCUGGUUGAACUGAACGAGAAGCUUAUGAACUGUAAAGAGUUUGCUCUGGACUUAGAGCACCAUUCCUACAGGAGCUUCCUGGGCUUGACGUGUCUGAUGCAGAUUUCCACUCGAACAGAAGACUUCAUUAUUGAUACGCUGGAGCUGCGCAGUGACAUGAGCAUCCUCAAUGAGACCUUCACAGACCCAGCAAUUGUGAAGGUCCUGCACGGUGCUGAUUCAGAUGUGGAGUGGCUGCAAAAAGACUUUGGCCUGUACUUGGUGAACAUGUUUGAUACUCACCAAGCUGCUCGUCUUCUCAAUCUUGGCAAGCACUCUUUGGACCACUUGCUGAAGCUGUAUUGCAGUGUGGAUGCUGACAAGCAGUACCAACUGGCUGACUGGAGGAUACGCCCUUUGCCAGAGGAAAUGAUGCAGUAUGCCCGUGAUGACACUCACUACUUGCUCUACAUUUACGAUAAGAUGAGGGAGGCACUAUGGGAGAGAGGCAACGAGCAGCCUGCUCAGCUGAGGGUUGUUUGGCAGCGCAGCAGGGACAUCUGCCUGAAGAAAUACAUCAAGCCCCUCUUUUCAGAUGAGUCCUACCUUGAGCUCUACAGGAGGCAGAAGAAACACCUCAACACACAGCAGCUGACAGCAUUUAGGUUGCUGUUUGCGUGGAGAGACAAGACAGCGCGUCAGGAAGAUGAGAGUAUAGGCUACGUGUUACCAAACCACAUGUUAUUGAAGAUAGCAGAGGAGCUGCCCAAAGAGCCCCAGGGUAUCAUUGCUUGCUGCAAUCCAGUCCCACCUCUGGUUCGCCAGCAGAUUAAUGAGUUGCAUCUUCUCGUUCAGCAGGCCCGAGAGAUGCCUCUUCUCAAGUCGGAGAUUGCUUUGACAGUCAAGAAAAGGACAUCCCUCUCCAACCCUGAGAGGCUGGAGAAUGCCUUCUUUGGACCACAUGACAGUUCCCGGAUUCCCAUGGACGAUUUUCAGAAUAAUUCUGCUUUAGAAUCUUCAUCUGCACCAGUCUUGGAACGUGAUUCUCUCUUUUCGGACAGUGAGAGGACAAUGAAUAUUCAGGGUGUUCAGCCAGAGUCAGCGUGCCUUAUUGCUACUGCCACUGUCAGCAUAUUCAGUGAGUGUGAUAAAGAUGAAGGAAGUGAGAAGGUUUUAACAGCUGCACAGAAAAAAGCUCAGCGUAUAAUGGAGUCCUUUGAAAAUCCAUUCAGAAUGUAUUUGCCUUCAGAACAGAAUCCUGCCUACGUUUCACAGUCUGCAAAGUUUGACCCAUCAUCAAAAAUUUACGAAAUCAGCAAUCGAUGGAAGUUGAUGAGUAAGACACAAGUACAGAAGGAAUCCAGGGAUGAAGCAAAAAAGAAAGCAGCUCAGCAGUCAGCUGCUCGUGACCAAGCACAGAAGGAGUACAAAGAGGCAACAGAAAACAUUGUGUCUGUUCGUCAGCAAGCUAUGCAGGAGCAAGCUAAUAGGAAGAGGGAGAGGGUCAUGAGUGAAACAGCACCAGAACUGCCAAAACCAGAGAAGAAACGGCCAAAAGCCUCCCAGCAACCAGAGGAGCUGGAAGCACCGAAGCAGUUUACCCCCUUUGAUUACAGCAAGUUCAACUUCAAAGUGUUUGCGGGAAGCAGCAAAUCGAAGCAGUCAGCACAGUUUGAUCCCGCCAGACAAGUUCACACAGGCAAGAAAUUUGCUGGAGCCAACAAACUUCAACAACCGGCUGGAAACCGAAGCAUGUCCUACCUGGCAGGGAAAGCUGAUAGGGGUUCCAAGCACCACUGGCCAAAGAGAUAGUCCUUGUUCUGGGAGCUGUGGGAGCUGCUGAAGGAAACAAUAGACAGAAGUAACCAUGGAAAGGCAAAUGCUGGUCAAUGAGCAGUUUUCGUACAGAAAUGUUUUUAAGCCCAUUAAAACCUUUUCUUUUUUUCCAAAAGGGAAAACAUCUUCAUUGCUUUGGCUUUUAUUGUAUUCACACUGUUCUUUGUAAUUAUAAUGUUGCCUUGUUUCUAAUUUUGAAAGUUUGUCCUCAAAUGCAGUCAGAUUAAGCUUAAGUGGAUAUGGAGGAACAUUUUGGCAUCACUGAAGUCAGCACAAAAGUAAUUGAGAGGCUCAAUAGAUGUGAUUUAAGCUCCAGCAGUCCAGAGGAAGAACUAAGGCCAGACUGACCUUAGCCCUUGCUUACACACUGAACUGCGCAGCUCACCUUUUACAAGACAAGGUAAUGUGAAAAAUGAGAAUGUUCCUGGCAGCAUUAGAAUUAUUAAGUAAAGGUUGUGAGGGGUAGGUGUGUAAGGGUUGAGGUGCCUGUUAGGUCAGACAAAGUAGGUAGUUGCUUUUUCUCCAUGAUACAGAGUGAAAGCAAUGCUUUAAUGUAGAAAAUAAAGGCAGGGAGGUUCUGCGAUGCAGCCAGAUGUCAGCACAGCUAUCCUAAUGUGUCAUGGUUGUAAAUAUUCACAGCCAGUUACCCGGCUGCCUUUGUACAAAGAGAAUCAGCCUGCGAUUUGAUUCAGGGGUGGCUGAGCUCAUUCUGAGCACAGCUGAAAGCUGGGAGCACUCCUAUGGUUGAGGUAAACAACUUCAGCAUCCUGGGGUUGUAUAAACCCAUAGUUGUGCAGCGUUGUUGCUGGAUCUCUGGUCACUGAGCAGUGCAACUCGCUCCCGCAGUCCUUGACUUUGCUCUGGUGUUAAUUUCUGCCUAAAGAGAUCCCCUGCCCUGCUCACCUGUUUGGGCAGUGACAGCAUUCCUUCUCGGAGGUGAGGUGCAAGGACUGGGUGAGGAAUGGUAAAUCUUUUGCAUUCCCAAAGCCCAGGGUUGCACUUUGAAGAAUAACUGAGGAGGUCUGGUGGAUUUUUGUUUCUUUUCAGUCUUUCCCUGUGUCUCUGUGGUACACUGGAAGGUUUUUUCCCCGUGUUGUCCUCUGCUCACAAAGCCUGGCUGCACGUGGGAUGACAUUUGAAGAGAGGCACAUGAAUAGCAGCUGAAGAAGCUGAUUUAGCCGCUUUAGGAAGGGCUGCCCAACUCCCUUCUGCGCAGCUCUACUACUUCUGACUAACAACUGAACAAACUGAAUUGAGUAAAUCUUAAUGAAAGACCAAUUGGCUGCAGAGGUGUUACAACUGAUGCAGUUUAAGGCUCCCAGCUGGCCUGAUGGUCAGUGAUGGUGAUGUAUCCUGCUUCUCAGCAUGAGGGGGUUUUGCUGUGGGUACGACGGGCUGUGCUGGGGCUGCCUCUGUAAGCCGGGCCGCUUCUGCGGCUGCUGUGCGCCCUACCACGUUCUGUAGCGUCGCCGCGUGCUGCAGGAAGGGAUUGCCUUUGCCUUCUCAGCACGCAGCCCCUAACUCUCCAAACCAGCCGUUUCCCGGGAGGCGGUUACUCGCUCAGCGCUCCCAGGACGCUUUAAUUACUAUGUAACAAGAAACUCUGGGCUCUGUUACAGGCACCAGCGUGGAUCCGCGUGCGGAACCGCUCUCCGCCCCCGGCUGCGCCUCAUCCCCGCAGGCAGCACCUCGGCCCCGCUCCCAGGUACGCCGGCACCCCGCGGUCCCUCCGCCUACGGGGAGCUCGGAGGCGCAGC